AUGGCUGGGGCUCCGGCCUAUUCUAUGAUGAUCGAUCCAAAUCCCCAUUCACGGGCUCCCCCUCCUCCGAGCCCCGGCUUCAAAAUGACAGCCGGGGAUGUUGGGAUCUUAAAAUCAACUCUUCUCCCUUCAUUCGGGCUAUACUCCGGCUUGUCAGUUGCAGCAUAUGUGGUUGCGGAAUCUACCGACCGCGUCGAGAUUAAAGAUUGGCUCUGGCCAUCAGCGCAAGUCCUCAAUGCAUGGUUGACAGCUAUCGGUCGGCCGAUGUAUGAAACCGGGAUUACGCUCCCGGAUGCUUGGAGAGGGCUAACUUGGUCUGAAAAGCUGCUUCUUAGCGGCGUAACUGUUUGGGGAACUCGACUCUUUGCCCGGAUCGUGAGCCGGUCUUUAGCUCGUGGCAAGGACGAUCCGCGGUAUGAGGCGCAGAAGAAAGAGAGAGGGUUUUGGAAAACGGCUCUUCUCAAAAUUUUCCUGCCCGAAGCUGCUUUCUUGAGUCUUAUCUCUUUGCCUCUCACAGUGCCAUUCGGUAUGGGUGAUACUACCCUCUCGGUGAGCACGAACAUGCUUAGUACCGUUCGUGCAUUGGGCGUUGGGCUGUUUAGUGCUGGCUUUACCCUCGAGGUAAUGGCUGAUACACAGCUUGAGCUUCAUCGGAAGGAACGAGAAGAUCUGUGCCGGCAUGGUGUCUGGAGUCUUGUCCGACACCCUAACUACUUGGGAGACACGCUGGUGCAUUUAUCAUUCGCUUUAAUGAACAUCACCGACUCCUUUAAUCCGAUCGUUUUGCUUGGUCCGCUGGCCAAUUAUCUCUUCCUUCGCUUGGUGGGUGGUGACAAAAGAACCGAGGAGAGCCAGGAGAAGCGCUACCGAGAGCAGGAUUCUCACAAAUACGAGCAACUGUGUAAUUGGCGAGGAGUGAAAAACAGCGUCUGGCCUGCUUUGAAAGACCUGACCAACCCUUGGGCAUUGGUAGUUGUGGGAUGUGGUUUGAUCGGUGUUGUUACCGAAGAAGCUGUGCGGAGUACCUUCACCAUGCGGUAA